AUGUCCCCAUCUUGCAACCUCAGAUGUCAGUGUCAGGGGCCCUGGGGCUCAGGGCUCCUCACCCUCCAUUCCUGGGCCAGCAGCUUUCCAUCCAAUGUGGAAUUUUGCCCAGCCGAGGAGGCGGAGGGCAGGAGGUGGGAAAUACACAAAGCACUCUGUCCCUGCCAACAGUCCCCGUGUCCCCCACGGGGGAAGAGCCAGCAGGGAGGCAGGCAGGGCCCUCAGAGCUGGGAUAUCCCUGGAGAUGCCCAGAGUGGCUCAGGACAGUACCUGGAGCCAGCUGGUGUGCAGGUGGAGGUGGCCUGGAAGGGACCAGGAGAUCCCAGGGACCCUUCUCCAGCCCAGAGCAGCCCUUUCCUCCUCUCAUCCUCCUGCCCCAGAGGUCACAGCUCUCCCUGGCCCCAGGCAGGGCUGGCUGGUCUGGAUGCUCCUGGGGCUCAGUUUUCCUGCAAAGAUUGGAGACAAGCUACCAUGGUUUGUCAGAGGUCUCACUGCCUGCCCUCGGCUGUGUCAGGCUGCCCUGUGUCCCUCCGUGUCAGGAUGGCUCCAAAGGGGUUGGAAGAGCUUCCCCAAGGAUCCAGGAGCUGUCCCUUCCUGCCCCUUGGCUGCAGGAGGGCACCAGCAGCUCCUCAGCCUGGCCCGGAGCAGCAGCACACCCAGACCUCAGCCUCCAAGGGUGGAGAAACCUCCCGGGGAUGCUGCUGCCCGGGAAUGGCACUGCCCGGAACUCCCCUGAGUGCCAGCACCCAGUGGCAAAGCCUGGAACCAGCCCUGGCUUUUCCUCACCACCCAGACAGUGAGCACUCCUCACUUCCUGCCCCUUCCCAGCCUCCUCUUCCCCCAUUCUGGAUUUUUUCCUUCACCCCCGGGAUUUUCACAUGCCAGCACCGGGGCUGUUCUGUCCCCAGGAUGGGUGGCUGUGACAUGGCAAGGGAAGGGAGAGCAGGGCAUUAA